UUGCAUUCUUUCUGCUUCAGCCACACCGGGGAAGAGUGGUGGACCCUCUAAAGUUUUGAAUCUGUAUGUUUCUACAGUGAAAAAUAAAAUCCAAAUACAUCAACCUAGAUUGUGGAUUAAUUACUUUUUUUUAAAAACUCUAAAAUUCACUACUCAAGAAUAUUCAUAUAAGACGUGUAGGAAUUAUGGUAAGGUAUGCGAAGGAAAUAAAACUAAUUGGUAAAUUCUACAACCUGCAGCUACUGUCAGCACUUUAAUAUUUAGUGUUUGUAUUAGACCUUUAUCUCCAGCUCUAUCUUCUUAUGUAAGUUUUUUUUUUUUUUUUUUUUUUUAAACAUUUACUUUUCCUACAAGAAUAGGAACAUCCUGAACAGGAAAGAGUUCUGAGUACUGACAUCUGUGAGGCGGAGCAGUUGCAUACACCCCAAAUCUGUGUGCUUUCAUUUGUGGGCAUCUGGACCAGUGUUCUCCCCUUCAUGCUCUAGGAGUGUAGGGUGUGAUAUCUAUUAGCUAAUUACUUUGGAGAAAUGUUGUCAGGGGAUCAGAGUGUUGCUUCAUCCAAACAUUCACUUUUUAGUUGACAGCGAGAAGUGUGUAUGUGUGUGUUGAGAUGACAUAGCUUAUCUUUUCUAUGACUCCAGGAAAAGUUAAUGAACACUUUUCAAGUUUGGUGUCACCACAGAAUCAUUUCUCGACCUGUUAGCAAUAUAGGCUGUCCUUGUUCACUGUGCGACUUUCAGUAAAUCCUUUACUUUCUCCAUUUCAGAUUCUGAAGGUGUUUUAUCAAGAGGUAAUGGUGGUCCCCUUCCUCUCAUUAACACAUUACAGGAGUUGUAAAGGAUGAUGAAUUCUGCAUACGUGAUUGGUUGUGGAAAGACUGCCACAAUGUUGAGUGAAAAAAAUAGUAUGUCUGCCGCACAGAUGAACUCCUAGACUCUAAUCUGUGUGUGCCAGGCAGGGUGUCUGUAUGACUGUUAUUUCUGCUUGUGAGAGCUUCAGAAUUAUUGGAGCCCCCUGAAAAUUUUUUGAAUAGUCCAGAGGUGGCAUUAAGGGUCUUAUGCAAAAACAAAUCCACAGAGCUAUACCCCAAGUUUAACUCAGAAUAGCUCGCUUGCUCUGCAGAACAGAAUGCACUGUGAAAUUUCUUACAUUUGGGUAGUGGGAUUGGGUGGUUUUUACUAUUUUCUUUAUAUUUUUCCUAUCAUGAAUUUUCUAUAGGCUUACAGAAAACAUUUUUACUAAAACAAAUAACCAAUAUAUCUAUUUUCAUUUUGGAGACAAAACAUUGACUGCCCAGAAGCAAAAACUCAAACUGCCAAGAACUAUGUCCCUAUGGAAGACCGUGCUGCUGGGAGCUGGCCACCUCUCCUCGGUCAUACCUCAAAGAAGAUGCCUUUGUUUUAUGUGCAGUAGACACAGCUCUUCUGGACAGGUGCAUUAGGCUGAGACUCUGACUGCAGUCGGCUCUGGAGCAAGACGCAGAGAGCCAAUGAGUAGAGUUGAACUUGGCUUCUAGUUUUGUUUGUUCGGUGUUUUCUUUAAGAAUGCUUUUAGAAAAGAGUGGUUAAAGAAAUCUCUCCUUUUGGGCGUGCCCCUGGGCCUUCUCCCACAGACCACAGGGCUCAGUCUCCUGCACAUCAGCAUGGAAGAUGCUAGAGGCCUUGGCAUUACAAUCUGGGGAUCAUGGUCCUCUAAAGAGAGGGAGUUCUUGUGUGUAAGCCUCAUGUGCAUUCCUGGGAUUUUCCCCCUUCAAGGGGCUCUGCCUGUCCUAUAGGUAAGGUGGGGGGCCCCUCUUUCUCCAUACCCACCCAGUCUUUGGGCAUAGAAAUAUUUUACCCACACUGCCCCUGGCCAGCUGGAGCUGCACGUGGACUGUGGGCUGGCUCUGGCUCUGCUUUUACUCCCCAGGUUUGCUGCUUUUGACAGCAUUCCAUUCCUGCAUUUCUUUCUACCAAUGCAGUUCCUGAAGUUGAGGCUAUUCCUUUAACAGGUAGAAGAGCAGAGUGAGACCGGAGAGAGGAGACUUAAAGGUGAUGUCCACUGUUACUGCAAGCCUCUUGGAGCUGUUCCAGGGCCCGCAAACACAUCUGACUGAGGCAGAACUUUGGCAUUUUCUGAGGAAAAGAGAGCCCAGGGGUGGUAUUUGGACACUAGAUCAUGUGCCUAGGUAGCAGUUACUCCUUUCUCCACAGCUCUGCGCCCCUGGCAACACUCCCCACGCCCUGGUAUUGAGAUCCUCGCUGGACGAUGUCUAGGCUGACCUGAGCUGGCCUUGAAGAGCCGAGAAUUUGGACGCAAACACAGGUUGCUUCCACCUUUUGACUAUUGUGAAUAAUGCUGCUGUGAAUACGGUCUGCAAAUACCUCGGAGAUCCUGUUCUUUUAGAUCUAUACCUAGAAGUGCAAUUGCUAGAUCAUAUGUCAGCCCAGCAGCAGGCUACAGACGGGAAUUGGGAAGCCACUGGACCAGACAACUGCUGAGGUCCUCUCCAGCUCUACCAUCCUCCCUUGCCAGCGUCCAGCCAUGGGGGAUAUGAAAACUCCAGAUUUUGAUGACCUUCUGGCUGCCUUUGACAUCCCAGACCCCACCAGCCUUGAUGCCAAGGAGGCCAUCCAGACCCCCAGUGAGGAGAAUGAGAGUCCCCUCAAACCUCCAGGCACGUGUAUGGAUGAGAGUGUGUCCUUGUCUCACUCAGGGUCAGCCUCAGAUGUGCCGGCCGUGAGUGUCAUCGUCAAGAACACCAGCCGCCAGGAAUCAUUUGAAGCGGAGAAGGACCACAUCGCUCCUAGCCUCCUGCACAACGGAUUCCGGGCAUCGGACCUGCCUCCGGAUGCCCACAACCUGGGCCACAACUGUGGGAAGUUUGAUUCCACUUUCAUGAAUGGAGACAGUGCCAGGGGUUUCCCGGGCAAGCUGGAGCCUUCCAAAUCGGAGCCACUACCAACCUUUAACCAGUUCAGUCCCAUCUCCAGUCCAGAACCUGAGGACACCAUCAAAGAUAAUGGGUGUGGACCGAAGCCCAAGCACUCUGACAGUUAUUUCCCACCCCCUCCUGGGUGUGGGCCUGUCCUGGAGGCUCUGGCUAAGUUUCCAGUCCCGGACCUGCAUAUGUUUGAUCACUUCUGUAAGAAUGAACCCAAGCCAGAACCCCUGCCCCUGGGGAGUCAGCAGGACCACGAGCGGGGUGGGCCAAAGGCGUUGGAGCCUCACAAGGAGCUGGAUGCCACUCGCUUCUUUGGGGAAGCUUUGGAGUUCAACAGCCACCCCAGCAAGGGGCUCACUGCGGAGUUUGGGACCUGCUCAUCAGUCCCCCCGAGGCAGCGUCUUAAGCCAGCCCAUUCCAAGCUGUCCUCUUGUGUGGCAGCCUUGGUGGCCCUGCAGGCCAAAAGAGUCGCCAGUGUCACCAAGGAGGAUCAGCCUGGCCACACAAAAGACCCCUCAGGGCCCACUAAAGAGGGCUCCAAAGGCAGCCCCAAAAUGCCCAAGUCACCAAAGAGUCCCCGGAGCCCUCUGGAGGCCACUAGGAAGUGCAUGAAGCCAUCGGACAGCCCCCGGAGCAUCUGCAGUGAUGGCAGCAGCAAGGGCUCCCCUUCUGUGGCUGCCAGCUCCCCACCAGCAAUUCCCAAAGUCAGAAUCAAAACCAUUAAGACAUCGUCGGGGGAAAUCAAAAGGACUGUCACAAGGAUCUUGCCAGACCCCGAUGAUCCCAAUAAGUCCCCCGUUGGGUCACCUCUGGGGAGUGCCACGGCCGAGGCCCCGAGCGAGGUGCCUGAGGACGAGGUCACUGCCCUACCUCCAGUGGAGCACUUUCCUGAGGGGAGCACUAGUUCAGGGAGUCCCCAGGGUGACAGGAAGGGGGCUGAGAGCACGGGGAAGGCCAGUGGCUCUUCGUCUCCCAGCUGUGGCCCUGGGUCCCGGGUCCCGAAGGGGGCUGCCCCGAGCUCACAGGUGGGCAAGAGGCCGCAGCAGAGCGCAGCGCCGCAGGCAUCCACCCUGGCCCCUGCCACCCUCCUGCCCAAAGCCGUGCACCUGGCCAACCUGAACCUGGUCCCCCACAGCGUCGCUGCCUCAGUGACGGCCAAGUCCUCAGCGCAGAGGCGGAGCCAGCCGCAGCUCACGCAGAUGUCGGUGCCCCUGGUCCACCAGGUGAAAAAGGCCGCCCCGCUGGUGGUGGAGGUCUUCAACAAGGUCCUCCACAGCUCCAACCCCGUGCCCCUGUACGCGCCAAAUCUCAGCCCGCCUGCCGACAGCAGGAUCCACGUGCCGGCCAGCGGGUACUGCUGCCUGGAGUGUGGCGACGCGUUUGCCUUAGAGAAGAGCCUGAGCCAGCACUACGGCCGGCGGAGCGUCCACAUCGAGGUGCUGUGUACGCUGUGCUCCCAGACGCUGCUCUUCUUCAACAAGUGCAGCCUGCUGCGGCACGCCCGCGACCACAAGAGCAAGGGGCUCGUCAUGCAGUGCUCGCAGCUGCUCGUGAAGCCCAUUUCUGCGGACCAAAUGUUCGCGGUGGCCCCCGCGAACUCCCCGGCCCCCGCAGCUCCCGCCCCCGCCGCCCUGCCUCCCUCCCCCAAGCACGGCCCCACCGCGGGCAGUGCCAGCUCCACCAUUCCAGCUUUGCCACUCUACCCGGACCCCGUGAGGCUCAUCCGGCAUGGAAUCAAGUGUCUCGAAUGUCACAAGCAGAUACGCGACCACACGGUCAUGGCCGCGCAUUUCCAGAGGACAUCAGAGGAGACCGAGGGGCUGACUUGCCAGGUGUGCCAGAUGCUGCUGCCCAACCAGUGCAGUUUCUGUGCCCACCAGCGGAUCCACACACACAAGUCCCCUUACUGCUGUCCAGAGUGUGGAGCACUCUGUCGCUCCGCCUACUUCCAGACCCACGUAAAGGAGAAUUGCCUGCACUAUGCCCGCAAGGUGGGCUACAGGUGCAUCCACUGUGGGGUCGUCCACCUGACCUUGGCCUUGCUGAAAAGCCACAUCCAGGAGCGACACUGCCAGGUUUUCCACAAAUGUGCUUUCUGCCCCAUGGCCUUCAAGACCGCCAGCAGCACCGCGGACCACAGCGCCACCCAGCACCCCACCCAGCCCCACAGACCCUCCCAGCUCAUGUAUAAGUGCUCCUGCGAAAUGGUCUUCAACAAGAAGAGGCACAUUCAGCAGCACUUUUACCAGAAUGCCAGCAAGGCCCAGGUGGGCGUCUUCAAGUGCCCUGAGUGCCCGCUCUUGUUCCUGCAGAAGCCAGAGCUGAUGCAGCACGUCAAGAGCACCCACGGUGUUCCCCGAAACGUGGACGAGCUGUCAAGCCUCCAGUCUUCAGCGGACACGUCCUCAAGCCGCCCUGGCUCUCGAGUUCCCACUGAGCCCCCAGCCACUCAUGUGGCUGCUCGGGGCAGCUCCCUGCCCUCUAGCCGCUGGGGCAGGUCUGAGGCCCAUCGCAGGGCUGAGGCCAAGCCCCGGCUGAGAAGCACUGGCUGGACCUGCCAGGAGUGCCAGGAGUGGGUUCCUGAUCGGGAGAGCUAUGUGUCCCACGUGAAAAAGAGCCAUGGUCGGACGCUGAAGCGGUACCCAUGUCGGCAGUGUGAACAGUCCUUCCACACCCCCAGCAGCCUGCGCAAACACAUCCGCAACAACCACGACACAGUCAAGAAAGUCUACACUUGCGGGUAUUGCACAGAGGACUGCCCCAGCUUUCCUCGGCCCUCUCUUCUGGAGAGUCACAUCAGCCUUAUGCAUGGUAUCAGAAACCCUGAUUUGAGCCAGACGUCCAAAGUCAGACCUCCGGGUGGACAUUCCCCUCAGGUGAAUCAUCUGAAGAGACGGGUCAGCGGGGCGGCGGACGCUCCCGGCACCAGCAACGGCGCGACCGUCUCCUCCACCAAGAGGCACAAGUCGCUUUUCCAGUGUGCAAAAUGCAGCUUUGCCACAGACUCGGGGCUCGAGUUUCAGAGCCACAUACCUCAGCACCGGGUGGACAGCUCCACCGCCCAGUGUCUCCUCUGCGGCUUGUGCUACACCUCCGCCGGCUCCCUCAGCCGCCACCUCUUCAUCGUCCACAAGGUGAGAGACCAGGAGGAGGAGGAGGAGGUGGCAGAGGCGGCAGUGGAGGCGGCGGAGCCAGAGGAGGGCUCCGGGGAGGAAGUGUCCACAGAGACCAGGGAGAACGGACUGGAGGAAUGUGCCGGCGAGCCGUUGGCGGGGGACCCAGAGGCCAGGAGGUCACCGGGCCCGGCCCCCGAGGAGGACGGUGCCCAAGAUGCUCAGAGUCAACCACAGGCCUCUCAGGACCAGGACGGCCACUCACUGUCCCCUCAGGUGUGACCCGAGGCUUGGCAGUGUGUGCGGUCGGGUGGUGCCGUGGCACCCUCCACCUGCCGUGUGGACAGUGCGAAACAAACGGCUCUGCCGGCGUGAACGUGGCAGGCUGUGCCCUGGAGCAGUGUCUGCCCCGAGCUGUGAGGUGCUGGGUGUGCCCCAGCUCCAGGAGAUGUGGGGUCACCCAGGACCUCACAGAUCUGAAUUUACUUCUGUUAUUUAUGGCUUUUUGCUGCUUCUCAGUACCCCAACUCUUGUCUGUGUUCUUCAAACCCCAGGCUGCAUCAGUGGCCCAACCCCAGUGCUGUCCACUCCGCGUGAAAGUCCUCCGGGAGGUUCCCACCUGCUGCUCUCAGCCAGGGGGCUCCUCCCGGCUCUGGGCCUACAGGUGGCCUGAGAAGAGGGAUGAGGGGGCCUGACACAGAGUGUUUGGGGGAGCGCUGCCCAGCCUGGCCUGGCAAGAGCCUUGGUCAACUUGCUCUUCCCUCCCAUCCACUCUGAUUUUUCCCCACCAAAAUGUUCCUGGAGAAUGUAUCACCCCCGCUCGUCCUAUCUGUGUGGGUGGGAGGAACUUCUACAGCACGUCUGUUUGGAACCCGGGAGAGAGGAAAUGCGGCCCAGGUAGGCAGGCGCUGGGAGGCAGACCCUUCAGAAGGAGUGUGUGUCCUUAUACUGUGGCUGUCCCGCCUUUCCGGACAAGUGGGGUUUGGGACACAGAUGUUGGGGUAUUUGUAUUCUUGCUCCUGUGCCAUUAGAGAGGCUGCUGCCCCAGGCAGGCCAGCCCCUCCUCCUCUUGGCUACACUCAUGUUGCUCAGACUAUAUUUCAAAUAAAAAAUUCUUCUUACCAUGCAGGUGGGCUCUUGUAUUCCUCUUCAAGUGAGCCUGGCCCCACUCUGCUCCACCCAAAGGGUCUUUCCCAGAUGCCCCUUGUUUUCCCAUCUCUGAGGGAGGGCAGUGUUUCUACUGUUCACGGAAGGCCCACUCUAGAUUCUGGAGCUAUGGUUAGGAAACCAGGAGCCUGGUUCUGCUUGAUUCUCUAGAGACCUUCUGAAAGGGGAAGGGGAGGGUCUUAAUGCUGGUCAAGAAUCACCUCCAAGGUCUCCCCUGGGCCGGCAGCAUCGGCUAUAGGACCUAUUGAAAUUUUCUGGGCACUACCAUCUCUCUUCCAAAUGGAUUUUCAACUUGAGAGAACCCUUUACUGGUAGGGCUGGUGGGGAGGGAUAGAGGGAGGAAUUUUGUAAUUUUCUUACAGUGUUCAAGGUCUCGGUAUCGCCACUGUCACAGGGGACCUGGAUGUGUGAGAAUAAGGAUUAGAUAUGUGAGGCUGGACUGUUUUUUCACUGAUGGCAGAGUUAGGGCCUGACUCAGCACAAGGAGCAGGAGGUGUGUGUGGAGUGUCUUCUGACCUGUGACCUGAGUGGCUGCCGCAGCCUUGCCUGGGUGAAAUGUGGGAUGUGGGACCGGGCCUGGCAGGAUCUAGUGUAGCAAAAAGAAGUGGGUCCUGGCAGAGUUCUUAGAGGUGAUCUUUCAAGGGAAGCAUUGCAUAUUAGUUACAAAUUAUUAAGUCAGGUAAAUAUGCUGACCUUUUCACAAUUGAAAACAAAACCAUUUGCUUCCUCUAUUAGAUGCCCCAUUUUUAGUGGAAGUGCUAAUGCUGUUGGGAGAGGUUAGCACCUGCCUCAGUUUUGGAGAGAGUCUGCUGUUUAAUGACUGCUAUGCCUGGCAAGGUCACCGUGUCCCUGCUUGCCAAGGGGGCAGUGAAGGCAAGAUCGGUCUGAUUCAGGCUGCCUGCAGAGCCAGAGCUACCCCAACUGCACUGUCAUCCCUUUCCUAUUCCAGUUGCAGGGUGCCCACCCUGUACCCCGGGUCCAUUCACAGGAGUUAUAGGGGGCUGAUAGAAGAGUUUGAAAUGGAUGGCUGAAUCUCUUCCUGCCCAGAAACAGUGCUGGCUGGAGGUAGAGACAGGAGGUGGUCAAAUCACAGGUUUUGGCCCCAGAUCCGUCUCUCCUUCCUGGGAAUAGCGUGGAGUGGAAAGAAUGCAGAGAAACCUGGGUCACAGCCUGGGGUCUGCCCUUAACCAGCUCUUAACAAAGCCUCUGCCUUCACCGGCUCCUCCCCUGCAAAGCAGAGCUAGCCAUUCCCAUCCAGCUUGCUUCUCUGGCUUUUGUGAAAUGGUGAGUGUGGAAACACUUUCUAGUUUAUGAAAUUAUAUUAAAGUGAGGGAUUCUUGAUGUGACUUCAGGACGCGGAGUGUGGAGUGUACCUCUCCUGCCAUUCAGACUUGGAUGCUGAUGGUCAGUUACAGUUGGUCCAGGACACCUCCAUUAUUUAGUGAACAUGAUGACAAUAGAAUGUUAAGCCCUGCUCCUGUGCCCAUCAUCUUGCUAAAUACUUUCUAGUGAUUCUUAUUUAGUCCUCACAAUGAUCUCAUAGUUAUUCUCUGUUUAAUAGAGAAGAAAACUGAGGCUCAGAGAGGUUAAGUAACUUGCUGGGCCACCUAUAAGUGUGAUGGUGCUGAGUCAAGACUGGUUCUAAAGUCCAUGACAUCAACCACUGUGCUAUGGCCGGUUGCCAGUUUGUCAGCAGUUUGCAGCCAUCUAGACAUCCGCUUUCCUACUUCCUCCACAGUUGGCGUUCCAGGUUCUCUUUGGAGUCAGUUUGUACCUUGUCACCCCAAGGAGGGCCCUGCGCAUCACAUUUGCUUGUGACGAAAGCACAUGCGGUGUCUCUAUGAACUUUGAUUCUCAUUGGGAUUUAACUUGCAUUUGAAGACCAUUUUGGGGGGGCCAUCCCAGAAAAGGUUACCCAGCCUCACAGGGAACAUUGUUCCCUCAGGGUCCAAUAUCUUUUGAUCUUUUCUUUUUUUAAGGUGUUUUUUAAUGGUUGCGCUAUCAUUUGUUAUCAGAAAAAGCUUGCUGUAACAGGCACUUAUCUGCACAUUAGCUGGAGUGCUCUCCUGAUCAAGUUAAACAGAUAAAAUUCCCACCCUCCUAGAAACUAUGCUGAGGCUUGACAAAUGACUAGUAUUUAUUUUCCAACUGCUUUAUCUCUGUAAAAUGAUAUGCUGAGUUACUAUAAGCUAAUUGAGUGUGUAGAAAGAACUGUUCCCUUAUGUAAACAGUCUGGGUUUUGAAAAUAUAACACUAGUGGCUCAGCAAGUUCAACACACUUUACCUUCCCUGAGACUGAGGACUCUCCCCACAUCCCCUGCCCUGUUCGCCACUGCACAUUCAGCACUGAGCACACCUUAUUUUACUUGUUUAAAAAAAUUUUUUUUUAAUUAGUACAUUAUGUGAUAAGACAUCCAAACAAUACAAGAGUAUACAAUGAAAAGUAAGCUUCCUGAUGGAGGUCAGCCUGUCCUCUCUCCAGAGUUAAUUGCUGUUAUCUAUAUCUUGUGUAUUCUUUCUGAAUAAUUCUAUGCAUUUACACGUUUAUAAAUAUGUAUACAUAUCUAUUUUUAAUACAAAUGGUAGCAUUCUA